AGAGUUGUUUGUGUACCGGCAUAUUGCCUGCAUCCGCUGGAUUGCAUGUAAUUGCAGUGCGAUAACGUUGAAGUGAGGAUGAUUCACUGGAGCAGCGCUAGUUUUCUUCCUCUUCGUUCGUGUCGAUUCGUAAUAGUCUGAAAUAUAUACAGGGCCAGCAACAAAGUUGUUUGUUUAUAUCGCACUAGCUUGAAGUCUCGUUUUGCUAUAUUGUGCAUUCGGUCACGUCAGCUAUAUUCAAUUAUCGACUUUGUAGUUUGCUGAUCGUAGUAGUCGCAGUAGUUUCUGGCGUCACCAAGCCACUCGAAACAAUUGGAAAAGCUGAUGCAAUAGCAGUAAUCGCACAACGCCGCCAACAUGUUACCAACGCCACCGACGGAAGAAUUCGUCCCGAGGGACUACCAGGUUGAGAUGAAAAAUAUCUGCCUGACGAAAAACACCAUCAUCUUUCUACCAACGGGUGCCGGCAAGACCCACAUCGGCCUGAUGGUGAUGAAAGAGAAGAGCUACCAAUUGCAGUCGUCGGUCGAGGAAGGUGGAAAGCGCAUGUUUUUUGUUGCAAACACGAUCGCCCUGGCCAAGCAGCAAGCGCAGUUCUUCUCCCGGCAUAUGCCGUUCAACGUACGGCUCUACACGAGCGAGGUGAACGUGGACGCUUGGAAGGAAGACCGCUGGAAGAAGGAGUUCGCUGAUGUUCAGAUUUUCGUCAGCACAGCGCAGAUUCUACUCGAUGUGCUUCGGCACGGUUACCUCAGCCCGGUUAACAUUAACCUAAUCGUGUUCGACGAAUGCCACCGUGCCGUAGGGCAACAUCCCAUGCACGCGAUCAUGAAAGAGAUGAUAACGGUAUCGAGCGACAUGCGGCCGCGAAUUAUCGGACUUUCCGGGACCCUACUGUUCAAGGAGCUUAAGAUGGCAAGCUUGGUACCGGAUGAACUAGAGCGCCUUGAAAACACCUUCAAUUCGACCAUAGCAACGGUGGGGGACUACGAAAAGUAUGAGCAUGUGCGAAGUUUCUCGACGGACCCGAAUGAAGUCGUCAGCUUUUACCCGCUGCCUACUAUGUUGUCAGUGGGAAGGUUUUGCGGCGAACUUGUUAUUAACUAUCUGAAAGACCUUGAAGGGGUCCAUUUGCCCAACUACAAAACGAUAUCCCUUACCACGUUACGGCGGGGCUAUGCAAAACCGGUCAAAGAGGUACAAAAAGCCCUUAAGGCUUUUUUGACACAGCUCACCGAGCUCGGUGUGUUUCCGGCAUCCCUAGCCAUUCUGGGUGUGAUCGUGCAGCUGGAGCUCAGCAAACGUUCUUCGGAGUGCGAUAAGGCACGCUUAUUGAUGCGCGAUGCAAUCCGCUUUUGCGAGACUAUUCGGCAGGUACUGGUAUCCGCUAUGGAGGGCUACAGUGUGCAACAGCAAGCGCUACAAUUUUCCAGCAAUCGCGUCCGACAACUAAUUCUGUUUCUCGAGGCCGAGUACAAACAAACGGAUGAUCAGCAAAAGCAAUCCUUGGUGUUUGUGGAACAGCGCUUCACCGCAAAAGUUUUGUACCACGUGAUAAAGGUGUACUUCACUGGUAUGAUGAAAGACCAAUCAUUAAAUCCUAUCAUUACACCCGAGUUUAUCGUGGGGCGGAAUGCGGCGAUGGAAGAAUCGAUUGAGGAAAUCAUCACUCAAAAAAUGGAUCGGAAGGUCAUCGAAAACUUUCGCAAGCAUAAGUUGAAUGUGCUAGUUGCAACGAACGUGCUUGAGGAAGGCAUCGACUUGCAGAUGUGCAACACGGUGAUCAUGUUCGAUAUGCCCAAAACGUACGUUUCCUACAUGCAAUCGAAAGGGCGUGCACGCAUGAAAACCAGCAAGUAUCUUAUGCUGGUGCCGGAAACGCAAAAGUCUGACUUUUUAAAGCGUGUUAAACUUUACGCAGAGAUAACCAAAGAACUCCAAAAGCAAUUGGUCGGCAAAACGAUUGAUCGCCCAUUGCCUUUGGAGCAAGACGUUCGGAACGAACUCCUGGACGACAUCAUUCCGCCCUUCUACACCCCGAUCGGUGCUAAACUGGACGCACUGUCUUCGCUACAGCUCCUCAAUCGCUAUUGCAUGAGUAUGCCCCGGGAUCUGUUCACGGGAUCGAACGCCACAUGGGAACGGCACGAUGGGUUUGAUAAAAAGAUGCACGUCAGUGUUAAGCUGCCGUUGCAAUCUUCCGUUCGCGAAACGAUCCACGGCCAGACGAUGGUGAAUCUGAAGCUUGCCAGACAGUCCGCCGCGUUCAACGCGUGCAAGAAGCUCUACGAAGCCGGCGAGCUGAACGACCAUUUGCUUCCCAUCAGUAACGCGCACAAGGUGGAGGAAUUGAGUGAAAAGUACUUCCAGCACUGGCAACAGUACCCAGAGCAAAACCCCCGUAUAGCCGGGACGGCCAAGAAUGUUCGUGCGCAUAAAAUUUGCUAUCCACGCGAAACCAUUGGCUGCACACCUCGAGCAGACGGGGAAGAAUGCCUCGUGUACGUGCUACGCGUUAAGGCCCACUUUGCCGCCGGUGUCCGCUACCCGCAUGUGAAGGUGCUGGAGGAUUUGUUUGCAUCGCCGAAUAACUUUGGGAUACUGACACGCAAACCGUUACCCCCGUUGGCGCAGAUGAAGUUGUUCGUUACGCUCGGCGGUAUCGAGGUGGAGCUUGUGCCGGAACCGCUGCAUGUCACACUCGCUUCCGACUCGGGGCAGCUGGCAUUGCUGAAGCGCUUCCAUCUCCUGGUGUUCCGUGAUAUGUUGAAAGUCUGGAAAGGGUUCACCGUGCUGGACACUGAUCCGGAGGAGAACGGUUUCCUCAUCGUACCGCUGCUCGGUUCGGAGACUAUCGACUGGAAGCUGAUCGAACAGUUCCCCUACCUUCGGCCGGCGACUGAAGCAAGCCCACGGGUACGUCAGCAGUUGCGCUUCGAACCGGAACGUUACCUGCACCGCAUCAUUCAUCCGUGGUACAAACACGAUGCGGACCAGCACUAUGUGGUGGUGCGUGUGCGGGAGGAUAUGCGCCCGUCCACCCCGUUCCCAAACGAGCGGUAUGCGUCCUUCGAAGACUACUUUGCCACCGAGCACCAUCAGACGAUAUUUCGCCACGACGAUCAGUUCCUGAUCGAGGUGAAAGGCGUCUCGACCAGCUUAAACCGAUUGCACCCGGGCAAGGAGGCGGAUGGAGGGAGUAGCUCGAGAUCGAAGCAUCUGGAGUUCCAGGAGAUUCUCAUCCCGGAGCUGGUGCACAACUACGAGUUCCCGGCGGACUACUGGCUGAAGGCGACGCUUUUGCCGAGCACGCUGCAUCGUAUCCACUAUCUGCUGCUUGCCGAAAGUAUCAGGGUGGAUCUGGCCACGAACGCGGACAUCGGACAGCGCGAAUACACCGGGCGACCGCAGGAGCUGCGGUGCGAUCUACUGCUAAACAAGGUGGAUCAAAAGCUGGCCGCAAAAGGUGGUGACUAUGAUGACGAAGAAGACGACGACGAUGACGGGGAGGAGGACGAUGAAGAUAAAAAACAGAAUAAGAUUAACACCGAGGCGUUUCGAGAGCUGCUGGUGCAAAUACACAGCGAAUCGUCGGUGUACGAUCGGAUCGAGUUUCCUUGGCAGGAGAGCGAGGAACCGAUCGAUCUGGAGCGUCACUGGGAUGAUGUCAGCCGGAUCGACAUCGAUUACUACUGCAGCUUCCUGAACAAGUACGGUGGCGAGGCGAAGAGUCUUGUCAUCAAAAGUAAUCAUUCGCUAACGGAGACAAACCUCGAGAAGGAGCUCGGACAGCUGGAGCUCGACGAAUCAGUAACAGUAGAGACCGCGUCGGACAGGGUGGAAUCGUCCGCACCGUCAGUACCGUCAACGCCGCCAGCAAUAGAGGAUGGGUUCGGGAAGCCCGGAGUAAUCCGCGUGCUGCAACUCAAGCCGGAAAGUACCGUUAACGUGUGCUUGCAGCAGGCGGACAUUCUGGAGGCACUCACUACCAAGUCCUCCAGCGACGUGUUCAAUCUGGAGCGCUUCGAGCUGCUUGGGGACGCGUUUCUGAAGUUUGCCGUCUCGGUGUACAUCCUGGCGAGCCACGGUACCUGGCACGAGGGCUACCUGACGACCUGCAAGGGACGUAUCGUGAGCAACCGCAAUCUGCUCUACUGCGCCAUGCAGCACGGGCUGCCGGGUAUGAUCAAGGUGUACCCGUUCGAUCCGAAGAACGACUGGGUGCCACCGCUCUCGGUCGUCCCAGCGCCGGUCCGACAGCCCAUGGUCGAGGCGAAUGAAUCACCGGCUUUGCUCUACAAGCUGGAGUUGAGUGAGGAGGAGAUCCGCUCGGGUGUGGUACAGCCCUCCACCAUCGAGCGCUUUUUGCCGCUGAUCGAGAAAAACGAAAAACCGUACGGCUCGACGCUGCAGAGUGUGCUGCAGCAGGUGAACAUUUCCGACAAGGCGGUGGCCGACGUGAUGGAGGCCUUGCUGGGGGUGUGCGUGAAGACCGUCGGGUACGAGCGCUCGUUCCGGGUGCUGGCCCACUUUGGCAUCAUUCCGAAGGGGGCGGACGUGGCGAAGCUGCUGCGCAACCACCAGUAUCCUAUCGUCGACUACCAUGGACCGCACCGGCUCCGGAUCGAUCAGAUGCUGUGCGCACCGGGCAAAAUUGAGCGGGUGUUGGACUACGAGUUCCGCAACCGGACCUACCUGCUGCAGGCGUUCACGCACGCCACCUACUCCGGCAAUCUGCUAACCGGCUCCUACCAGCAGCUGGAGUUCCUUGGAGACGCCGUACUCGACUUUCUCGUCACGCUGUACAUCUACGAGCGCAACCCAUCGAUGUCGCCCGGCCAGCUGACCGACCUCCGGUCCGCACUGGUCAACAACGUCAAUCUCGCAUGCGUACUCGUACGCUACGAACUGCACCGCUACAUUCUUUCCGAGUCACCGAUGUUGACCGCCGCGAUCGACCGCUUCGUGGAGGUGCAGGUACGCAAGAACAAUCAGAUCGGUGACUGGGUGCGGUUGCUGUGCGAGGAGGGCGACACGCCGCUGGUCGAGUACGUCGACGUGCCGAAGGUGCUGGGUGACGUGUUCGAGGCACUGAUCGGCGCGGUUUAUCUCGACUGCGGCAAGGACCUCGACGUGGUUUGGCGCGUCUGCUACCGGUUGCUGCGGAACGAAAUAAACAACUUCACACGUGACACCCCGAUUCAGGUGGUGCGCCAGCUGCAUGAACAUCCGGAUGCGAAACCACACUUUAGUGCACCGCACGUGGAGGACGAGGUGGUGAUGGUGAAGCUCACCUACUCGCUACGGAACCAGCGCCUCAAAGUGUACGGCUUCGGGAAGAACAAGGAAGACGCGAAAAGGGCCGCCGCCAAGAUUGCCUUAAGCAGGCUUAAAGAGUAGACUUAGAAGCCUUUUGUUUCCCUGGACUGCUUAUCGUUGCAUGCUCUCUUUUUCGCUUUUUUUCUGUUUUACCUAAUACUACAUCCACAAAUGCUUUAAAAUCAUUAAAUCAAUCGCGCAUGCCUUAUUAAACAAUGUAUUGAAUAUCGUAAUGUGAAACGCGAAAGGUGCUUUCGCGUCUACCAUGCUUUAACCUGGGGACUGUCCUGUAGAAAUGCCAUCCGGUUAGAUCCAGGCGAGGAAUCAGGGGCCAAUAGACGUCGGGGGUUUUGGCCGGUAAAAAUCCGGCACUAACCGUGGACCCUUGACAGGAGGGGACCGGUUGUCUAUCAAAGAUUUCCUCCUUAUCCAAAAAAAAAAAUAUAUAUCUAGGUGUCGACAUAGGUAUUUGAUUGCGCUGUAAGUGCGCAAACGUAUCAUCCGCAUUUUGGCAAAUUGUCGGAGAUGUUUUGCCAAUUCAAUAUUUGCUUACACUAUUGUAGUUGUAGUAGAAGGCAUGUUUAUGUCUUGAAGAGUUUAAC